UUAGUCCCCUUAAUGUAAUCGGGCAGCUCCCCACACGGCUUCCCAUCAGAGCUCAGCCCUCUGUCUGUCACAUGGUGCUCUGUUGUUUCAGGGUUUUUUCACCCAGGAUAGAGAACGGGGAACUGCAUGCAAAAGGAAGAUCACUCCCAGAUUUAUCUCCCCAGAUUGGAAAACCCUCGCCUGAAUAUCCUUCUGUCUUGGAGAGGAACUUUCAGCUUGUUGUUUCGCGGCGCUAUGAAGUGAAACUCCGCCAUAUUCAGCGCACCACGCCCGGAGAUCAGCCUCUCUGCGUCUUAAGUUUUUGCACAAACUUUACUUCCUUAUCACAAGAGAGAAACAAGGUGCAGUGUUUCCCCGGUAGAGAUGACUCUGAGCUCCGUGGGGGCCUGCUGCCUCAGCCCGGAGGCCAAGGAGGCGAGGCGGAUCAACGAUGAGAUCGAGAGGCAGCUGCGCCGGGACGAGAGGGACUCCAGACGGGAGUACAAGCUGCUGCUGCUCGGUACUGGUGAGAGUGGGAAGAGCACCUUCAUAAAGCAGAUGCGGAUCAUCCACGGCCGGGGCUACAGCGAGGAGGAUAAGAGAGGGUUCUCCAGACUGGUCCAUCAGAACAUCUUCACCGCCAUGCAGGCCAUGAUCCAGGCCAUGGAGGCGCUGCAGAUCCCCUACACACACACACACAACCAGGCGAACGCCAGCCUGGUGUGCGGGGUGGAUGUGGAGCGAGUCACCACGUUACCUCAGCCGUACGCCGACGCCAUAAAGAGCCUGUGGAGCGACCCGGGGAUUCAGGAGUGCUACCAUCGCAAGAGGGAGUACCAGCUCUCAGACUCCGCCAAGUACUAUCUGGAUGAAAUGGAGCGGAUCAGCGAAGCCUCCUAUCUGCCGACUCAGCAGGACGUGCUGAGGGUCCGGGUGCCGACCACCGGGAUCAUCGAGUACCCCUUCGACCUGGAGGACGUGGUGUUCAGGAUGGUGGAUGUGGGGGGGCAGCGGUCGGAGAGGAGGAAGUGGAUCCACUGUUUUGAGGAAGUGACGUCCAUCAUCUUCCUGGUGGCGCUCAGCGAGUACGAUCAGGUGCUGGUGGAGUCCGUCAACGAGAACCGCAUGGAGGAGAGCAUGGCGUUGUUCCGCACCAUCAUCAACUACAGGUGGUUCCACCGCUCGUCCGUCAUGCUGUUCCUCAACAAGAUCGACCUGCUGGAGGAGAAGAUCAUGUACUCACAUCUGGUCGACUACUUCCCCGAGUAUGACGGUCCGCAGCGGGAUGUGAAAGCGGGGAAAGAAUUCAUCUUAAAUAUGUUUGUCAAUCUCAAUCCGAACGAGAAGAAAGUCAUCUACUCCCACUUCACCUGCGCCACCGACACAAACAACAUUCGAUUUGUCUUCAGAGCGGUGAAGGACUACAUCUUGCAAAUCAACCUGGAAGUCUACAACCUGGUGUAAACGCUAUGAUUCAAUCUGCUUUCGUACAGCCUGCUGCGAGGCGGAGAGCUCUGCAAACUCCUGCUGCUGCCGAACACUAUAAUCCACAUCAGGAAAACUGAGAAGCCGCAGAGCUUGUGUCACCAAAUGACUGUACUACUGAUGUGUUUCAAAUGUCCCAUUAGGCUCUUUCAGAAUGGAUGUCUGCAGCUAUAAUGAAGUGUGUCCUGACAAUUAAAGUGCUGCCUUAGUGAGCAGUGUAUUAUAGUAUGCACUCUGAAAUAUAUGGAGCUCUUUGAGAAGCAACAGUAUGAAAGCACAGGGAUUGAGAGGAGAAAAAGUAUUUCUGUGGCCUCAAAAAUCCUCCGAGGACUGGUGAUGUACCGGGUCUCUCGUUCAGGGAACAUGUGGAAGUGACUCUGCAAUGCAGCACCUCUCAUCACUAACCCCAGUGUAUUUCUUUUUAACUUAAAAAACUGUUCUAAGUACUCUAAACGAUUAGCUGUGCCGAGACCUAAUGGGUAACAAUUAACACUAAUGUACGGAGGCCGACAGUUGCCAACGCGCUACAACAUCCCAAAACAUUUACAGUAAGAGACACACGCUGCAGCUUCAGAAACGAUGCAGAUAAAGAAACACAAUAUGCCAAAACAUGAGCAUCAUUUACUAAAAGCUGCAAAAACCACACGCUGCAAGAAGCUCCAAACACAACGGAGACCAGGGGACGCUAAAGAGAGACGCACACAGCUCGGACUGGAGCACUUUCCAUCUGUGUGCGUCUCUCUUUACUGUCCCCUGGUCUCCAGCUGUGUGCGUCUGUCUUUAGUGUCCCCUGGUCUCCAGCUGUGUGCGUCUCUCUUUAGUGUCCCCUGGUCUCCAGCUGUGUGCGUCUCUCUUUAGUGUCCCCUCGUCUCCAGCUGUGUGCGUCUCUCUUUAGUGUCCCCUGGUCUGCAGCUGUGUGCGUCUCUCUUUAGUGUCCCCUGGUCUCCAGCUGUGUGCGUGUCUCUUUAGUGUCCCCUGGUCUCCGUUGUGUUUGGAGCUUCAUGCAGAGUUCUGUUUCUGCAGCUUUUAGUAAACGCUGAGCUCGUUUCAUCAAGUUGGUGAAGAGGUUUCUUAAUUUGUUUGUGUUUUUGUUCCUAAAGCUGCAGCACGUUUGCACCUGUAGGCCACCGUACAGGGUUACACACUUUACUGCAAUGCUGUUUGUUCUGAUAUUAUGUUUGUGUGUACUUCACUUUGUUGGGUCUCUUCAUUUCUAGUGAUGGCAUUAAUCAAUCUUAAACCACUUUGUGGAGCAGCUUAGUAUUAACAUAUUUAAAUGUAAUUUAACACACAUGUUUUUCUUUUGUUAAAGCUUGAGCAUCCAGUGUUUCAGGUACUAACUGAUUGUUUUUCUUGCCACAAAAUCAUCACUUAAAUGAACUUGAUCCUAGUAUUUAUCUUUAUGCAUUUUGUAAAUAUCACACGGUACGUUAAUGGUGCACGUUCACACCUUUACUCCGACAAGGUCAGUGUUAAAAUGCUGAAAGAGAGAACUGUGGUGUUAAACCCUCUCUGAUGCAUUAAGCUUUUGCUUUUCAAAGGUACCAAAUGCAUGAACAAGCUAUUGAGAGUAUCCACUGCACUAAUGUUUACAUAACUGUUCAGUUAGAAAUAAUAAGUGCCUAAUUUGGUUUUAUUUCAGGUUUUUCUGUGGCUUAUCGCAUUCUUAGUGCAUGUUUUUGAUGCGAUUGGAUAAAUAAACACACAUUUGAUGCUCA